AUGGACAGCUCUCCCGCCUCGCCUUUGGCCCCCAGGGAUCCCAGCUCCCCUGAAUCUUCGAUCGGCGAACAAAUCGCCACUCUACAGGCCCAGCUUGCCGCUCUGCAGGCCUCGCAACCCGCCGCCGCCGCAGCCGCCGCACCCCCGGCCGUCACCGUCGUGCCGGGGAACGCCGCCACCGCAUCCAAGGUCGUGUUUCCCAAGCACGCUCGUCUGGACGGCCCCAAGUCGUUCACCAACUGGUUGCGUCAACUCCGUCUUGCACUCCCGAACCAGGUUCGUGGUUACGUUCUCGACGGUGUCGUUCCCCCGACCUGGACCGCCGACCAGCUUGCCGCACGUGACGACGCCGCCCGGGAAAUCAUCGUUGGCUCUAUCGACUCCGCCGACGUAUCGGCCACCCUCGACGCCAUCCCCAGCGACGACCUGUCGGCACCGCGCAUCUUUGCCGCUCUCAAGGCUCGUUUUGCACCGGACGACGCUACACGCACUCUCGAGUUGUUCGCUCGCCUUUGGGACUUCAGGAAGAUGCCUGCCUCCGUCGAGGCCUACGACACUUGGCUAUGCGAGUACAUGUCGAUUGCUCAGGAAAUACGCGACGCCAAAACAUCGCUCAACGACGUGCUCGCCACCCACGUGCUCGCCAUGGUCCCGUCUUGCCUCGACAGCUUCCGACUCACGUUCACGGACGAGCAGCGAAACCGACGCGACCUUCCCGAACUCACGACGCUUACGGACCGCAUUCGCAUCCAGCUUCGUUCGGCAGGACUCUCGACCUCGCAUUCGGCCAUGCUUGCCACCAGCUCCCCCUGCCCCGCCUGCCGCGCUCCCGGUCACCGCCUGCGCGACUGCACUUCACGUGCGAAGCACCCGCCCACCGGCCCCUGCCGCCGAUGCCACAAGAAAGGUCACUGGGCACUCGACUGCAAGAACCGGGGUGAACAGGCACGUAGCAGCGACGACACCCAGGACGACACGUCUUCCUCCGCGGCCUCGCAACCGAACGUCGGCUAUUUCGCCUCCUGCCUCUUCGCUCGUCGCCAACUCCCAACUGACGCCUUUGUAGUCGAUUCGGGUGCCACGACACACAUGGUCGCCGACCGAUCUCUAUUCACGACUUAUCGUCAGACGGCACACACCAAGAUCGGCGGCAUCGCGGGCGGCAUCACGGCUAUCGGCAUGGGGGACGUGGCAUUCGUCGCCAAGACUGGACACCCGAUCACGCUCCGUGGUGUUCUUCACACGCCUGGCCUACACGUCAACCUCCUCUCUGUCUCUCGCCUCUGCGACACCGACCGCGUUCGUCUCGCCUUCACCAGCGACGGCAUCGACAUCGCCAAGGACGGCCGGGCCAUUGCUCACGGUACCAGGGUCAACGACGGUCUUUACCUUUUGGACGCGGAUCACACCAAGUGUCAGCAUCUUGCCUUCCUCUCACGCUCUGAGUCUCCCGUGCCCCUGCUUACCCUACACCGCUGCCUCGGCCAUCUUGCCCCAUCCUCUAUACAGAAGAUGAUUGCUGCAGGUUUGCUGGACGGGUUUGGGGCCGGGUACAGUGACAAAGACGUAGAGGAGUUUGUUUGCAAUGCUUGCCUUGGUUCCAAAGGUCACCGCCUUCCCUUUCCCGACUCUGAGUCGCAUUCCGCCGAGAGACUUGGCCUCGUGCACAGCGACGUCCUGUCGUUCCCCACUCCGUCCUUGACCGGGAAGCGCUACCUUGUCACGUUUCUAGACGACCACUCUCGCAAACUCUGGGCAUAUGCGAUCGAUCACAAAAGCGAUGUUUUCCCGACCUUCCAGACUUGGCUCGCCGAAGUGGAGUUAGAGACGAACGCGCGGUUGAGGAUCCUUCGAACCGACAAUGGCGGGGAGUACCGAUCAAACGCAUUCACGGAGUUCUGCAAAUCCAAGGGCAUUCGUCGUCAAUACUCUAUCCCUUACACGCCUCAACAAAACGGUCGCGCCGAACGUGUCAACCUCUCCAUCGUCGAGGGCGUCCUCGCUCUCCUUGCGGACGCCCGUCUGCCGGCCACCUUUUGGGAUGAAGCGGCUGCGUAUUUCGUUUAUUGCAAAAACAGGUGCUCACACUCAGCUUUGGCCAAACAGACUCCAGAAUCCGUUUGGAACGGCCAACGCACCACCGCCACCGCCCUCCACCCGUUCGGCUGCACAGCCUGGCUCACGGUCGCCCCGGACCUUCGCAGCAAGCUCGACCCCAAGGCCGCGCGCGUGAUCUUCACAGGUUACGACCUCGCCUCCAAAGCUUUCCGUUUCUUUGACCAUUCCAUCAACAAGAUUGUACUUGGUCGCAAUGCCACCUUCCUCGACGACGACUUCCCCGGCCUGCCAGUCACCACGCCCGUCGAUGCAGACGACACCGACCGUCAGUUCGUCGUUCCCGCCGACACGCCCGCCCCUGCCGUCAAGACGAGGACCCCACUAGUAAGGUCGGCGCACAUGGACGUCUCAUCCUCCCUUGAUGAUUCUGCCAUGAGCGCCGUUGACGUGGCCCCAGGGUACACUGGCGGAACCUUACUUAAUUCCACAGAUACCGAAUCGUCCUCGUCACCGUCUCCUGAGCCGUCCUCGUCACCGUCGCCCACAAACCCUUUGUCACCGUCGCCUGCGCUGUCACCGUCGUUGGCAGCGUCAUCGUCACCCUCGGUCUCACCGACCGACUCUGACUACUCCGCCGACCCUCUGGACCUCAUCGGCUCACAGACCCCGACUCGCCUUGGCCCACCGGACGUGCACCGCCCAGACUUCAGCACGUACCGUGAGCCCGCAUCGGCUGAGGAGUCGCCCGACGAACUCGACAUCAUUGGGCGUCACUCGCGCGAUGAAUCGCCGGAUGAAAUCGAUUUCCUCACCCAACACCACCGCGCCUUCAUCGCCACAGACGACGACGACCCCACCCUCGACGCCAUCGAGCCCGUCAAAUCGAUCACUAGCGACCCCCAGACCUGGCGCGAAGCAAUGUCCAGCGACGAGCACAACAUCUGGGCUGAGGCCGCCGCCGCCGAGUUCACCGCCAUGCGCGACGACUUCAAGGUGUUCACCAUCGAGCCUCGCUCAUCUGUACCGCCGGGCGCCACCAUCGUCACCUCCAAAUUCGUCUGGAAGACCAAGCGCAACGCAAGCGGUGAAGUCACGGGGCGGAAGGCACGUCUUGUAGCGCAGGGUAACCGACAGCGCGACGGCAUCGACUUCUCAGAAACCUUCGCACCCGUCGCCCGUUUCUCCUCCAUUCGCUGCCUCCUGGCUCUUGCCGCUGCCAAUGGCUACCACGUUCAUCAGGCCGACAUCGACAAGGCUUACCUCCACGGCGAGCUCGAUCAUGAUAUCUGGAUGACGACACCACGCGGUUUCGACUUCCCGAGCGAUAAGGUUCUCCGGCUGCGACGCUCAAUCUACGGUCUCAAGCAGGCCGGUCGCAUCUGGAAUCGUCACAUUGACACAUCACUCAGGAAUCUGGGGUACAAGGCAACAGGCACUGAUCACUGCAUUUACUCUCGCAUUGACGAUCAGCAGCGGCCUCACUAUAUCGCCUUGUAUGUCGACGACCUCCUCAUUGUCAGUCCAGCCCUCGACGAGAUCGAACGUGUCAUCUCCGGCCUUGAACAGCGGUACGGCGUCAAACGACUCGGCCCCGCGGAGUACAUCCUCGGAAUCCAAAUACGCCGCCUGGACGACGGUUCCAUUGCUCUAUCCCAGGAGCGCUACAUCAUGGACGUGCUGGCCCGUUUCCACUUCGACACCACGACACGCGGCACUACGGUGCCGAUGACGCCCGGCCUCUCGCUCACGGCAAUUCCGGGUCAGGGAACGGAGCGCAUUCGUUCGUGGUACCUACAGGCCAUCGGCUCCCUCCUCUACAUCUCCCUUGGCACUCGACCCGACAUUGCCUUCGCCGUCUCGUACCUGUCCCGGUUCGCCAACUAUUCGAUCAACUCUACUACGUCAGCGAUGUAG